AAACGUAUUUGUGCCACAAAGAAUAGCAAGCAGAAUGGGAGAGGAUGCUUACAUUAUUUUGAGUAAAAUCAACGAAGGAGCUUUCGGUGGAAUUUAUUCUGUACAUAGUAUAGUAGACAAGAAGAUAUAUGCGAUGAAACAAAUUCUCUUCCACGGUGAUAUCUCUUGUGAUGCAUAUAUCAAAUAUGAAAUAGAGCAUCUUUCGACUUUGAAGCAUGAAAACAUCAUCAAACUGCGAGACAUCAUUAUCAGAGAAUACAGUGUUAAUUUGAUAAUGGAGUUUGCAGAAAAUGGUUCUCUCGAAAACCACAUUUUUGAAAAUCAGCCCACAUUUAGAGAUAUUUACGUUAUUUUUCAACAGAUAGUAACAGCUGUUGAUUUUUGUCACCUGAACAGGAUCGCACACCGUGACAUCACUCCAUGUAAUAUAUUGCUUACUAGCAAGACGAUUGUUCGAUUGGCGGAUUUUGGUCUUUCUGUUCCCUGUCGUGAUUCUGAAGGACAUGUUAUUCUCUGUGAUGACUAUAUGGGUCAUCUCCAUUAUUCCGCCCCCGAAGUACUGAAGAAGACGCCAUACGAUCCGCUUUUAUCCGAUAUGUGGAGUGUUGGCGUUGUUUUGUAUUUCAUGGUUUAUGCACGAGUUCCUUUCGUUGGUGAUGAAGAAUUUAUAUUGUCUCAAGAAAUAGAUGAUAGUGUGAUUGCUUCUAAAAUAUUAGAAAAUGUAGAACAAAUGAACGAUAAUACUGGAUUAUUUAAUAUCAUCAUCAGAAAUCUGUUGACAACAGAGCCCCAAAAUAGAUUGCAGACCGAUAAAGUGAUGCAAUUUAUCAAAAACGAGGCAUAAUGUUUUGCUUGACACUGAGGUAUAAAUCAUUCCAUUAUUUUUUGUUGACCAAAGUCAAAACGUGUAGAAAACUGUUUUGUCUGAAAUUGAUGCUAGUCUUUCUAUUUUUUUUUCUAUAAUUUAAGUGUUUUUUUAACAUUAAAAUACGUUUGUAAAGCCAUUUGUUUUCUCAUUUAUCCAGCUUUUAAUUAGUAUAUAAACUCUCCCUCUGCAAUGUUUGAGGUAUUGACUUUUAAAUGUACAUGUCUUAAGACAGAACAUUUUUACAGAAGUUCAUUGUUUAUGACUUUUUUCCCAUGAACUUAUAGUUUUAAUUUCAACAAUAAAAUUUAAUUGCUGGAUUUUUAUUGAUGUAUUG